UCAAACGGACAGACUAUAACCACACUCUGAAAUAAUUUCGCAUUUUUAAGGAGCGGAGCCGAAAUAUUCGGCAGGCGGGCAAUACAAUAAAUCGGUCAUGGAAGCCGCGACAGUGAACUUGCACAGCCUGUUUGAUCAUCUGCGGGCACACGUGGAGGUCCUGAGCGAAGGCAUUGAGCCACAGUUCAUACAGAUGGCUCUGAACUUCGAGGAAUGUCGGCGCAAGUGGCUCAAGCUGGAGCAGGAGCUGGGGUCCUGCAAGGAGGUGCUGGCCAAGGCGGAGACGGAGCGCGGAGCCUUGGAAGUCAAGCUCAAGCACGCUCGCAACCAGGUGGAUGUUGAGAUCCGCAGACGUCAGAGGGCUGAAGCGGAUUGUGAAAAGCUGGACCGUCAGAUCCAGCUGAUCAGGGAGCUGCUGCUCACGGAGGGCUCCAGCAACAGCAUCCAUCUGAACGAGGAGCAGCGCUCGGCCCUGGCCUUCCUUAACGCCCGCUCACAGGCCUCCGCCAACCUCAACACCAGCCGACGAUUAACCACGAUCGAUGAGUCUGCCUCCAGCCUGUCAGACAUCAGUUACGACCAGACGAAUGACUCUUUGGACUGGGACUCGUCUCUGGUGAGGACAGUGAGGCUGAAGAAGAGACAGAAAAGACGCUCCUCCCGAAACCUCGUUGACGGCCCUCCUUGCGUUGCAAAGAGGUCUCGUUCUACAGGCCGCACUUCAGAGAAGGGGAAUGAGUCCAUUGUGGCAAAGACCACAUUGACUGUGCCUGCUGGUGGAGGUCCCAUUGAGGCUGUUUCCACUAUAGAGACCAUUCCCUAUUGGACUCGGAGCAGAAGAAAGACUGGUGAGGGGUCUAACUGGGACACCGAUCCUGUCCAGGAUGAGAAUGUGCUCAAGCCACUCAACAAGCCAGAGAGGGACAUUUUACCCGAGCCCAGCACCCCACAAGGCAACGGCGGAGUCCGUCUGCAUGAGUUUGUCUCCAAAACGGUAAUCAAGCCCGAGUCAUGCGUGCCCUGUGGGAAGCGCAUCAAGUUUGGCAAGCUCUCCCUGAAAUGUCGGGACUGCCGAGUGGUCACUCACCCUGAGUGUCGUGACCGAUGCCCCCUGCCAUGCAUCCCUACUCUCGGAGGCACCCCUGUCAAGAUCGGAGAGGGUACCCUGGCGGACUACGUUCCUGUCACUUCUCCCAUGAUUCCCUCCUUGGUGGUACACUGUGUCAAUGAGAUUGAACAGAGGGGCCUGCAUGAGACUGGAUUGUACCGGCUCUCUGGCGUGGACCGCACCGUGAAGGAGCUGAAGGAGAAGUUCCUGCGAGGGAAGACGGUCCCGCUGCUCAGCAAAGUGGAAGACAUUCAUGCCAUCUGCGGCCUCCUCAAGGACUUCCUCAGGAACCUCAAGGAGCCGCUGCUCACCUUCCGCCUCAACCGCAACUUCAUGGAGGCUGCAGAAAUUCAGGAUGAUGACAACAGCAUUGCCAUGAUGUACCAGACCAUCAGUGAUCUGCCUCAGGCCAAUAGGGACACCCUGGCCUUCUUGAUGAUUCAUCUCCAGAGGGUUGCACAGAGUUCGGACACAAAGAUGGACAUCACCAACCUGGCUCGAGUGUUUGGGCCAACCUUAGUUGGCCAUGCAGUGCCUGACCCAGACCCAAUGACCAUUCUGCAGGACACGAAGCGACAGCCCAAGGUGAUUGAGCGUCUCUUGGGCCUCCCAUUGGAGUACUGGAGCCAGUUCAUGAUGGUGGAAAAUGACCAUGCCCACCCCAACCACAUGAUCAUCGAGAACGCCAACUGCUACGCAACCCCCGAGCAUAAAGUGAGCAUGCUGGGUCCCCUGACCACUCCAGAGCACCAAAUGAACAAAACUCCCUCCUCCAGCUCCCUGUCUCAGCGCAUGAAGUCAACCCUGAGCAGGAACACUCCUAAAUUUGGAAGUAAAAGCAAGUCUGCAGUUGCUUUGGGUCAGCAACGCACCUUCUUCUCUCCGAUCGUGUAG